AUGCCAUCUCCACGGUCUGGCAGUGCGAAAGCACCCAAGCUCGACAGCGAGAGCUUUGUCGACUUUGACCACGCCGCUGCUGGACAUGACGGCGUCCGUUGCACACCCUCCGGCUCCUUCAUCGCGAAGCCUUGCACGCCCGCGGAAGUCGCGUUCUACGAAUCCAGCGCGCUCCACCCCGCUUUCAGAGAGUUUAUGCCCACUUAUAUAGGCACCUUAUCCUCAGCGGAUCAGCAAGAGCCUCUCGUGGUAGCUGCGCAGCAGAGCGGCGCCAUUGCCCUGCCUCCAUCUGAUGGCUCGUCAUCAUCAGCUACUCCGACCACCGGUGCGAACUCCGACUCGGAAUCCAAAGCUGCCGAGAAGGAAGAAACAUGGGUCCCUUCUGGCGGGAAAAAGCUCGAAACUGGGAUAUCAAUCGUGCUGGAAAAUAUCGCUUCCGGAUUCAAGAGACCAAAUGUUCUGGACGUGAAGCUAGGCGCCCAACUCUGGGCGGAUGACGCUCCUGUGUCCAAGCGCGCCAAGUUGGACGCCGUGGCUAGCGAGACGACGAGUGGAAGUCUCGGCUUCCGUAUCGCCGGUAUGAAGGUAUGGACUGGCGUUAACGGCGCAACCGACGAGGGUAGCAAGACCAACCCCUACGCGACCAAGCACGAGGGUUCUGAGGGUGCCAAAGGUGAAGUGAUCGAGAAAAACGGCUACAGACGCUACGAUAAAUGGUAUGGACGGUCUUUUAAUGAGGACAGUGUCAAAGAAGGCUUUGAGACCUUCCUUGCGGGCGCGAAGGCUGGUGCUGUCGAUCGGUCGAAAAUGAUUGCCAAGCGACUGGCAGAUGAACUGACUCGCGUGCAACUCAUUCUCGAGUCCGAAGAGAGCAGGAUGUAUUCCGCUAGUGUGCUGAUCGUCUACGAAGGCGAUCCGGAAGCGAUUGAGCUUGCGUUGGAGGAAGAGAAGAAGCCCAAGGAGGUUUCUCCAGAAGAGUCUGAGGAGGAAGAAGAAGAAGACUUCGAGUUGUCCAUUCAACAGGAUGGUUCCUUCGAAAUCGUCGAUGUCCAGAUUGGGCAGGAUGGUCUACCGCGGCAGGCGAUCAAUAUCAAUGUCGACGCAGAGACAGCGCUGGUGGAAGAGAUUGACCUUGAAGAAGAGGAAGAGGAGGACCCUCCGAAGGUGCACGACCUUCGCUUGAUCGACUUUGCGCAUGCCAGCUGGACGCCCGGUCAGGGACCAGAUGAGAACGUCCUGAAGGGAAUCCGGAGCCUGAUCAGGAUUCUCGAGCAGCUUGCUGCGGAAUAA